ACUCUGUUCAUAACUAUGUAUCUUGCUCACUGUUUAAAGCUAUGGCCGACUCUUUUUUGUCCAGGUGUGCAUGCUGGAUUACCUAAAUGCAUUCCCGUUAACUUAAAAGACAUCGAAACUGCUGGAUUUCAAGUCGUAGACGAGGUGUUGUUGGAGAAUUUAAUGGAGAGGGGUUUGAUCAACCCAUCAGGAAGAGAGAGGAAACUCCCUUUAAAGAUUCUGGGUGAUGGAGAGCUGAAUGUAAAGCUAAACUUGAAGGCACGUGCCUUUUCAACAUCUGCAAAGGAAAAGCUUGAGGCUGCUGGUUGUUCUCUCACUGUACUGUCGGGGCGGAAGAAGUGGGUAAGCCAUCGGUUGCAAAGAACCUUGCUCGAGCCGACGAAUACUUUGCCAAGAAGAGGGCUGCAUCAUCAUCAUCAUCCGAACCGGCUUCUGAGUAAAUAG